GGAAGGACCCGUGCUCCUAUUCCAGCUUGCAGAGAAGAUUUUUCACAGAUGAAGUUGGCAUCACUUGGUAAAUUGAUAGAGAGAACAUGCACUUCAAUAAAGGAUGUUAGAAUUUGCAGUGAACCUGAUCCAAGACCCAGGGGGUCAACAGGAAAUGCUGUGAAAUGCAGCUCAAAGGCCCCAAUUGGCUCUUUGGCCAGGGAAAGUUGGAGGAAAGUGGCUCUGAUCCCAAAGUCACUCCAUGCAAAAUAGCAACUGGAGGGCAUAAUAGUGCAAUCAAAGUUGAUGAUUUUUGUGGCUUGAUCAACUGGUCUUCUUCAUACAGUGAUAUAGAUGAACAAGAUUUCUUCCAGAAGUAUUUUCUCAGAAAGCCAUUGUUCUGUUGCAUGAUAAAUAGGCAUGCUUUUCUUUGGUUUUGUGGAACCAUAUAAUUGUUCCACUCAAUUUGUUGGGCUAGCCCUUAGUAGGCUUAUGAUGAGGUGGAGCCUGGAAUUUAGCUCAUUUUUCCUAGCAUGAUUCAGCCUGGAAAUUCUAAGAUUGGCCUCAGCCAAUCUAGCAGAUACUUCCUGCAUGCAUCUAUAUCUGUGCAUGGGCAUACACAUUUAGUACCACAUAAACACACUAGAGGACAUAUUGUCAAUUCCAAAUCAUGACAUUCAUUUCUGCUAACCAUUUCCUUGUAUUCUUUCUCUUAAACUUUGGUUCUUCACCACCCCAUAAAGUUGCUUCUGUAGCUUUACAUUGUAUUUAAAAUUCAGUUGGGUUUCUUGCUUUUCAACUUACCUCUCAAGGACGUCUGUUAAUGAAGGCAAUGGUUGGUGUGGUGGAACACUUCCUAGCAAUCAGGAUGAAAACAAUGAAAUUUUUAAGUAUUAUGCUGAACUAUGUCUGGUAAAGUUAUUUAGCUGUCUGAUAAAGCAAAUUAAAUUAACUGAAGUAUUAUUAGCAUAAAAUGUUUCUUCUGAUAUCCUGUCUAUGAUUGCAAAUAUACUGAAUCCAGCAAGUCCCAUGUUAUUGUUUUGUUUAAUUAGUUCAAUUUCCACGCAACUAAAUUAGAUUUAAAGAACAACAAAUAUGUAACAGCGUUUUAUUUCUGCUUUCUAUAUAUUUGUUUCAUGUAAAUGUUUGAAUGAGCAGGAGGCAGAAAUGGAACCUUUCCAAGAUGAUUUUGAGAGAGAGAAGCACCACGCUGAGGUCCUACAC